CCGACAGGCUGUAUAAUUGUCACAUUUGUAGUAUAAAAAAAAAAUGAGAUUAAUUGAUCAGUGCAGUAACAUUGGACUUAUUCGAAUUUGACUAUAAUAUUUUUUUUAUGUUAGAUGAACAACAAAUCAUGUAGGCUUAUAGAAUAUCUAUAUAAUAUAUACACUAACGAAAUCACUAAUAUUUACACCAUGAUUCAUAAAUUCCAAAAGACGAUCGCACAAAUGAGUUUACGAAUGAAUUUCAUGCUGAAUGAUCAACAGGAAAUUUGUUGGUAAACACAUUGUAUGAUCUAACUAUAUUGUAACUAUAUGGCGUUUAAGUAAUAUAAGGAUAAAUCAUUGUAUGAAUUUGUGUAUGAGGUUCAGAAUAAUCUACGAUCGACAUGCCAUUAAGGUUUAGUAUGCACGUACAUGAGCGAAGGUUGUUAGCGACACGCGCCCCGAAUAUUAUAAUCAACAGGGGUGUCUAUGCCACAUUGUGUAGUCGGGUUUUUCCCUUUAUCUAUUUGAAAAUAGCACAUUAGGUCUCUUUAAUUCUGAUUGAGAUUCUCUUAUUUUCAUUUUUAUUAGUACAUAUAAUAUUAUAUUUUUCUAUAUGCAACGGAAUGGAUAAAAAGCUUGUGGGUCAUCUGAAGGACAGCCGUUAAGAUAGUCUUUAUGGGCUGACUUAUCAGACCUGGCGGUUUUUUACUCCAUUAAAAAUAUUAAGUCAUUGAUCCGGACUAUUCUAAUUAUAGCAAACAAUACAUAUUUACAAAAUUACACUGAAAUCAGUUGAGCGGUUUCGGAGAUUAAUUUGAACGAAAAUUGUAACUCAGUGUUUUUAUAUAUUUAGAUCAUAUAUACAUAUAAUGAAAAUUACUAAAAAAUAUACUGUUUCGCCAAUGGCACCUCCCAUGCGUUGUCUUAUUUGAGGAGUAACUUUUUCACUGUGUACUUUGUGUUGUCCAUGAUGCUGUUCAUGUCUAUUGGCAAUGGUUACUACUUUCGGUAGGGUAUAUUAUGUUAAGUAGAUAUGAAUAGCAUUCUGGUUUAGGUUGGGCAGAUACUCAGUAACCAGUUGCUAUUUAAUUGAAAGUUACUGGCUCUCAUAAAACGUUGGAUAUGAUUUCUACUCCAAUAAAUUAUUGUGACUAGACAUAGACCUAGAGAAUAGGAUUAUAUCAUUACGAAUUCAAUUGUUUUAAAUCUAUAUUUAAUUGAAGCCCUGGUAAAUCUAUGGGCAUUUUCGAAUAAGUUCUUAUAGUAUUUUUUAUUUCAAAUGAUUAGUAUUGACAACCCUCAUUUCAUUCUUUCUUUGACAAACAAAUCUACAAAACAAUUAAACACAGCGCACGAACAAUUGCAUCAGAGAGCCCACAGGGCCGUUGGAUUCAAUCAUUUGAACUCAGAACAAACUGUGACCACGACCAACGACAAUGUGGACCAAAUUUUUUAUUUUAAUUUCAAUUUUUGGUGUCGCCUUCGCCGAAACCACAGCUCCUGGCAUAGAUAGAAAAAUGAGUGAAGGUAUUGUUAGCAGAGGAUAUAAAGUUGUGUAUGGAGAUGAGGAUAUGGAGAUUAUUAACGAAGUAGUUACUGAUAUGGAGAAGUCUGAUAAUUUGAAGAAUAAAAUUGAUGUGAAUGAAUCUAUACCACCGUUACCGGCCCAGGAUGUCAAGUGUCUGAUGUCUGUUGAUCGAUAUUGUUCCAAGGAUAUGGGACAAAUUAAAGGUGUUCUUAUACAAGCUAUUAGAGAGGAUUGCCAGAAGUGUACUACGGAGCAAAAAGAGCAGGCAGGGAAAGUGAUUGCAGCAAUGAUGGCUCAUGAUCCAGUGGCCUGGAAAAUGUUUCUUACUAGAUCCGCUAUUCAAAAUAAGCCAGAAAAGAAACCUCCGAAACAAGAGAAAAUAAAAUAUAAACUCGUAGGUGAACCGGAAGAAAUAGUGUCAUCUAAAAAUAGAUAUACACUACCAGGUGUCAAAGUAAGAGUAAAAAGAUAUGUAGCUGAAAAAAUGUCUUAAAAUAUUGCCAACAACAAUGACAACAUUAACAAUUAACAACAUUAGCAAUGCCAUUUUAUUAUAUAAUGGUAUGUGCUCGCAAAUAUACAUGAGAUAUAGUGUGGAACGUAAAGCAUUUUGGAAUUACGAUUUUUUU